UUGACUUUGGGUACAAAAAGACAAAAUUUUGGACGCAUGUCUUCCUACCGAGGUGAAGUCACUGCUGGCUAUCCUGAUUUCCCAGAGGGAAGCGCUGCUGCUUGCAAAGAAGCGUCCGGGCCAGUGGACUUGAAUGCGCCUGACAUCAUCUACACUGCCGAAGACGACAAGGCGAUCAAUCAAUUCCACCGCGACAUCAGUAAGUCCUGA